GUCGUGUAAUUAGAAUUCGUAAUCAAAUGUGUUGGAAGGGGUCAUCUUUAAUGUGCGUAAAGUGUGUAUUGUUAUGUUUGAAUGUCAUAUUUAUACUGAUUGGGCUUUCGUCUAUCGUGAUAGCUAGCUGGGCCUUAUUUUGGCCCCAAAUAUUUUGGAUAUUAUGGGACCUCAUUUGUUAAGAAUAUCAGCAUAUUCAACUAUAUCCAUUGGAGGAGUCAUUUUGCUACUAUCAAUUUUAGGAUGCACAGGGGCUGCACUUGAAAAUCGCUGCAUUUUGGUUACGUUCUUCACACUACUUUGUGGCUUGUUCAUGGCUUGUCUGGUUAUUGGAACUUUAGCAACUGUAUUUAGAAGAGACUUAAUUAUACUGAUGGUUAAUCGGAUGAGUGUUGCCGUACAGCAAGAUUACGGAAAUUCAGACUUCUGGACGGAACUACUUGACCUUCUUCAGUCAAGGUUGAAAUGUUGUGCUGUUGAAGAUAAUCAAGCAGAUUUAUAUCUUCGUUCUGUUUGGUAUUCACGUCAAAUACAUCAAUCUUCAGUAUUUGGAACAAAUUCAAUACGUUUAUUAUCUCAAGAAUAUGAUAAUAAUUUAGGAAUACCAAGUGUAGUAAAUGUUCCAGUUUCAUGUUGUGUAUAUUCAUUGGAAACUAAAGAUUUUUCUAAUCGUACCGCUUGUCAAAUUGGUUCUUUAAAAUCUAAUUUAAAUCCAUAUCUUAAUCCUCAUGGUUGUGCAAAUGUGAUUAUUGCCCUGCUGUAUCAGUAUUUCAUCCCAUUAAUUAUAAUGGUUGUCAUAUUGGCCGUACUAAUGAUGGCUGGUUUAAUAUUAGGCUUAUUACUAUUAAGAAGUUUUUCAAUGGAUGAUUAUCCAGAGAUUAAUUUACGUGAAAAUGUAUGAACUGUCAAGAUAGAAUCAAACUUACACAUAUUUAUAUAUCUACUCAUAAAAUUUGCAUUUCUUAAAAAAAAAACUGGACUGAUAAUUUUACUUCAUUCCAAAAUAUAUCAAUCUCCUGUCUGUAUAUCUUCCUCUCUCUAUUAUAUUUCUACUUUUUAUUCUGCUCUUAUUUCUUGUUUUAUUCCCAAACCUUUUGUUUGUACUUCAUGUUCAUUUCAUUGUAUCAUCUUUUUUUCUUUUCACAGAUCUACUUUGUUUUUCUAUCUCUCUUUGAAUAUUUUAUUCUAAAAUAUAAUCAAUCGUUUUCAUUUGAUGUUAAAAAGGCGGAUUGCAUAAAAAGAAUUGAUCAAUAUUAUCUUAAUUCAUUCGUCUAAUAUCUGUCUCACUAUCAAACAAGGAAUAGAAUACUAACAUAAACAUUUUGCUAUCAAAUAUAUACAUAUAUAUCCAUAUCAUUUAUUUGUUUCAAUGUUGCCUCAUAUGAGCUUCAUUUCUUCUAUAUACUUCUUUUUGUUAUCGAUGCCAGUGAAUUUUAACCUUAUUCUAUUACUAAUAUAUACAAGAGUGGUCAUUUGAAAAGAAGAGUAGCAAGUUAUAAUUUUAGUGUAAGUCAAUAAAGAAACAUUAAUCAGAAACAAUAAUGAAAUUAUUAAAAUGUACACAUAUAUCUAUCUGUAUAUCCCUUAAAUAUCAGAUACAAUAUUUAUACAUAUUUUCCUAAUGGAUUAUUUUUGUCUUUAUCUUAUUAUCAACUAUAAGGUCAAUUUGCACUUCAUAAACCAUAAAGUUGUCUUGAAAUUUUCAUUUAGUUAAUAUAUAUUUAUUACAAUUUUGUUUACUAUAUAGUGUAUAACAUCUUGUCGUUUUUUUGUUACUAUGUUGUGAAUUCCUUUUUCUUUUAGAUUUACUGAAGCUUAUUUAAACUUUAAUAACUACCUUUCUAUUCAUUUUAUUCAAAGUAGAAGACAACCAUUUUAUCUCACAUUUAACACAGUACAAACAUGAGUAGUGUAAAUGGUUUGUUUGUUUAAAAGUGCCAUCAUCAUGCAAAUCAUGAACCAUCUGAUUUUUUUUUUAAAACAAACUGUUAAUUGUACAAGAUUAUUAGACAUGUAGAGAAAACAUUUCUGUAAUCAAUUUAUAAAUAUUUUUUGAUCUGUCCCAUUGGUUUAUUUGUUAAGUUCAUUACAUCAUUAUUAACUCAUCUCCAAGUUGAUUUUCAUAUGUUUUAUUACAAAUUUGUGUAAUCAAUAAUAAAUGUUUGUGUAUUUUUUAAUAAAAGCAUUGUAAAGUUGUUUUGAUGAAACAGUAACUGUAUAUUGUACUGGUC